CAACUGCCAUUGGCUUCUUCUUUAUGCCAGGAUUAUAAACAAAAGAUAAAGGAACUCCAAGCUGCCAAUGCUACCCUUGAAUCUGAGAAAUUAGAACUUGAAAGAGCUGAUCAGGAUGUGGAUAUUAGCAUAAGAAAUAUAUAUGAAUCUGAAGGAAGCCAGCCUCUCUACCAGAUUCAAAUACAUGAUCCAAAUCUUCAACAAGUUCAUAUUUUCCAACUUUCGGACGGUAAUCCAGGACAUAAUUUGACUAUAACAGAUGACCAUUCCACACGUGCAUUUACUCAACAAAGCCAGCCUUUGAAUAUUAGAAAUGGUGAUCAUCUCCAUCCUAAUGUAGCCCUUCCUCCUCCAUUUUCUCAUAUGUCUUUAAUACCAACCCCUACUGAUGAGGAGCAACAAUUAAACCAAAUCUUA